AUGGAGAAGAUUGAUUUAUCUACCAACUCACGUGCUAUCCAAGACGCCUACGACAAGGUGGUCAGAGGAGACGCGUCCGCUAGCUACGUUGUAUACACCGUUGACCACGGCACUUUGGAAGUCACCGAAGUCAGCAACGGCUCGUUGGACGAAUUUGUGGAGAACUUCACCGAUGGUCAGGUCCAGUUCGGUUUGGCUAGAGUCACGGUUCCAGGAUCCGAUGUUUCCAAGAACUUAUUAUUGGGAUGGUGUCCCGAUAACUCUCCUGCCAAGCUGAGAUUGUCUUUUGCCACCAACUUCGCUGAAGUUUCCAAAAUCUUGAGCGGUUACCACGUCCAAAUCACUGCCAGGGAUCAAGACGACUUGGAUGUUGAUGAAUUCUUGAACAAGGUCAGUGCUGCUGCUGGUGCAAGAUACUCGAUACAGUCUGGCAAGGUGAACUCAACCGCUGCAAAGCCUGUUGUUUCCAAGCCUGCUGUGUCCAAGCCAAUUGUACCAAAGCCUACUGUAUCCAAGCCAACCUCAAAGCCAAGCUCUUUUGUGCCUAAGUCUACCGGAAAGCCAAUUGUCACUGUCUCAGACAAACCUGUCAAUGGGAAGCAAGAUGACGACGAAGAGUGGGGUGGUGAAAAGGAAAUCCAUGAGAGAGACUUCGACAAAAACCCAUUGGAAGAUGUUCCUUCUGCAUACAAGCCCACCAAGGUUAACAUGGCUGAGUUGAGAAAGCAGAAGUCCUCUACCAUUUCUUCUCAGCCAAAGCCAAACAUCCUUAACCAAGAUCAACUGGAGAAAAACGGAAAAUCCGAAACUGCCAAGCCUAUCUCCGAGAGAAUCGGUGCUUACGCUGAUGAUGGUAGAAUCACUUCUCUUCCAAAACCAAAAAUCUCCAACUCCGUUGCCUCAAGAUUUACUCCGAACAACGAGACUCCAAGCUCCGGUGCCCCAACCUUUGGUGCCAAGCCCAAAUUCGGAUCCCAAUCUAUAGAUAACAGUAAGGACAAAUUGGUUGGUGGUGCAUCAAGAAACUUUGCUGCCCAAGGAGGUAAGACUCCAGCUCAGAUCUGGGCUGAGAAGAGGGGCCAGUAUAAGUCGGUUUCUCCCGAUGAAGACGAAGUCGCUAAUGUUACUGAGAAGCUCAAGGAGGAAGAGCCACAAGAGGAAGAAGAAGAAGAUCAAGAAGAUAAACAAGAAGAAGAAAAACCGGCCACUCCAGUUCCAUCCUUGCCAGCACGUAACUUACCCCCUCCACCAGUUAGAAACGUGGCCGAACCUGAAGAGAAAAAAGAAGCACCAGCUCCAUCAUUGCCAGCUCGUAACUUGCCUCCUCCUCCAGUUAGAAAUGUUGCCCCAGUUGCUCCUGAGCCAGUUGCUGAACCUGAACCUGAGCCCGUUGCUGCUCCUAAACAAUCUAAGAAGUCCGUGACUGCGGUUGCUGAGUACGAUUAUGAAAAGGAUGAAGACAAUGAAAUUGGCUUCUCGGAAGGUGACUUAAUUGUGGAUAUUGAGUUUGCUGAUGAAGAAUGGUGGUCAGGUAAGCAUGAAAAGACUGGAGAAGUUGGUUUGUUCCCAGCUGCAUAUGUGGUCAUUAAGGAACAAGACUCUGACGCUAAGCCUGUAUCCUCUCCAGCCACCGCUAACCCUACUCCAGCUGCUGCUCCAGCUUCCUCCAAGGGCCCUUCUGCCAUUGCAGAAUACGAUUACGAAAGGGAUGAAGACAACGAGAUUGAGUUUGCCGAGGGUGACGAAAUAGUGGACAUUGAGUUUGUCGACGAAGACUGGUGGUCCGGCAAGCACUCGAAGAGUGGCGAAGUUGGAUUGUUCCCAGCCAACUACGUUAAAUUAAACGAAUAAGAGAAUAUGUGUAGCAGAAUUACGAUAAAUAAAAGUUUAAAUUGCAAGAAGUAGACUCUCGAAAAUGUGUCCGUGUAUCAGAAAAGCAAGAUUAUUCGGAUAAAUAUUGCUUGACAGCUUUACCCCACGCACCUCUUUUCUUGUAAAACGCCAAAUAAUCUGGUAACAGAUCAAUGGCCUUGAUCAAUUCUGGUCCCAAUCCCUCCUCUUUGACCUUAGCAAGGGGAGUUAAGUAAGUUCUGACAGUCAUGAUAUCAGCUCUCAGACGAGGCAAUCUGGUCAAGCAUUGCCUCUCGACUCUCAAGAAACAUGCAUUCUC